GAAAUACUGGUUCAUACUAGCAUAAAUUAUCAGAUACUGGUAAUCUCAUUUUUGGACAUAUGGAGAAAACUCCAUUAAUAUCAAAUAUUUAUAAUUGAAAUUCAUCGAAACAAUCCAGGUUAUGCUGAAUUCAAAAGUUGGUGGUAUUGAUAAAAUGUCUACAAUACAGAAAAACGCCCAAGAUAUGUCCUUGCCCGUUGCUGAGAUUUUUUAUUCCAUCUUGCAGAUUGAUAAAUUCAUUUCAUUAUUACAUUGUUUGAUCCAGAUAGAAAUAAUUUUCUAAACUAAAUUAUAUCAUUUCCAUUGGGAGUAAAUACGGUAAUUUCAAUUUUUCGUAUCUCUUUACAAAUCAAUAACAGAAAUUUGCAAUCAAAGAAUGUAAAAUAAUGAGAAAUUUCCACUGUAUUUGUGUUUAUAUCAUCUGAACCUGUAGCAUGAAUUUUUUGUCUGCCAUCUACAGGUAGUUUUUUGUUGGUGAUUGCAAACUGUUUAUAAGUAAGACUGUCCACAUACCAGAAUAUUUGUAUGAAAUUCAAUAAUUGAGUGCAAAUGGGGUGUUGUAUAUUCAAUUUUUUUCUGAUGUAUUUUUUUAUGUUUUGAUUUAUUGUAUACUUAGAAACACAAAUCUGUUAACGCCUAAUUUUCUUUUGUGUUUUUUGCAUUGUGUCUUAUUCUAAUCAUUGCUCAAUUUUGUGUUCAAUAUUCCUUACUUUAGUAAAGCUUUAAAAACUAAGUUGUCUUUUCUUAAUUUUUUUGGAUACAUAACACAAAGGACGAGACAUAGAUUCUAUCGCAUCUUCACUUUGUAAAUAUGAGAAUUGGAAUUUGUUCAAUCCUUUAUGCAUGUCUGCUGACUUCAACUUUCUGUGAAACAGUAAAUUUUGAUCCAUAUGAGGUUAUGAGCUUAGAUCAUUCUGCGUCACAAUUAGAUGUGAGAUCUAAGUACAAAAAACUUGUCAAAGAAUGGCAUCCUGAUAAAAACAAAUCACCAAAUGCACAGGAGAAAUUUAUCAAGAUACAACAAGCUUAUGAGAUUUUAUCAGAUGAAAACAAGAGAGAACAAUAUGAUACAGGUGGUUAUACUGGUGACAAUGUAGGACAAUGGCAUCACCAGAGCGAAUCCUUCAACUUUCGUUAUUCUGAUUUCUCACAUGACUUCUUCAGUUCUCAAGGAUCUAGUCGAACUAUUUCAAUCCAUGACUAUUAUACAAGAAUUUUACCAGACAGUCAUCAUACACCUCAUCUCAUUUACGUUUACUCAACAUUUUGUGCUCAAUGUAUAUUAUGGUUGAGAACAACUUGGCAUAAAGCUGCAUCUGAUAUUGAAAACCUUGGUGUUGCUGUUUAUACUGUUGAUACAACAUUUACAUCUCGUAUUGCUGUUAGUUUGGGAGUAACAAGAGUUCCAACAAUUAUAGGAAUGUACAAAGAAAAAAUUUAUUAUUUCAAAGGACAAAUAUCAAGAGAAGAAUUGAAAUUUUUUAUUAAUUCUUUUCUUCCAUCAAAUUUGGUUACUCCGAUCACUGAUGACAAUGCCAAGAGCUUCCUGUCUGCAAUAGAAUUGGAUGAUAAACCCAGAGCAUUGUUGUUCUCAGAGAAGCCAACAGCUACUUUACUAUACAGACUGAUGGCUUUGAAGUAUCAAAGAUAUAUCAAGUUUGGACAUGUAAAGUUAAAUGAUGAAAAAACAGCUGGACUGACAAAAGCAUAUGGCGUCAGCACAACUGGUCCCACUCUUUUAGUUUUCAAAGAGAACGUUGGAAAACCUGCAGUUGUACUGGGGUCAAAUGAAAUGCCUCGUGGAGCAAUUAAUGAAAUCUUAUCAUCGAAUAAAUUUGUGGUCGUACCCAGACUAACAUCUCAAGAUGUGUUUGAUGAAGUUUGUCCUGCACCUUAUGGAACUGUUUCUUCUGUUCGAUUGUGCAUGAUUCUGGUUUCUGAUAACUCAUUCAUGGAUCAUGCUGUCAUAUCGGGAAAUCUCAAGAAAUUAGUGGAAGAAGCAGAAUCAAAAGAAGAAAAUCUUAACGAAUGGCUUGUAUUCAUGCAAGUUUAUUUAUCAAAACAACCUGCUUUCACUAGUUCUCUGAAGCACGGAGAAAUAGAUAAACCUCAUCUACUUUUAUUGUGGAGACGUGGUAAUAAAAUGUCAUCUGUGAAAUGGCUAGACAUUGAUUUUCUAAAACAACCUUAUAAAAUUGCAAAACAAGAAUUUCAAGUUUGCUUGAGAAUGGCUCUGGAAACUGCUCACCUACAAAGAUUCAAAGCACUGUAUUUUGAUUUUCAGUUUUUCGUGUUGCAAGUUCUGCAAACAAUGGUGGAUAUUCUAGAAACUACAUAUGGAUAUAUAACUCGAAUGGGUGAAAAGCAGUUCAUGACAUUAUUGAUGCUCCCUUUAUUCUGCGUUUUCCUCUUUCACUCGUUGUUUUCAAGUGAGGAAGAGGAAAAUGUCCGAAACACUAAUCGAAGACGACAACAGACAAAAUAUACUGCAGCAAGCAAGACUUACAAGUCUGAAAAUGACAGUGACACAACAGAAACUGAAGAAGAUGUUGAAAACAUCAAUCUUGAUGAAGCAAGCAAGGAAAAUUUAUCAGGAAAUACAAGCAUAUUACGGAACAAACGAGAUUUAGUGAGCAAACUUCUUCCAAACACUUAUGAAACUGCAGUUUUAAAUCAAACUCGAGGUCACAUGACUGUUAUUUUGCUACUUGAUGAGGAUUCUGACAAUAGACAUGAUAUAAUGCAGGAGUAUUGUGAUGUCAUGAAAGUUUUUACAAGGGAUCCAAAAAUCUCAGUAACCUAUCUUGAUGUGAGAAAAUAUUCAAGUUGGUACAAUGAGAUACGAAGGUCUUCAUCUGCAGAACCACCGCAGGAACAUGGAGAUGGCAAAAUGGAAGAUAUGUCAUCACUGCAUGGAUACGAUUUUGACAAAGUUAAUUCAUUUGAUGAUAGAACUUGUGAGCCAAUUGCUAAGGCAUGCGGAACAGUACUAGCUCUAAAUGGUGCAAGACACUGGUAUUGUAUAUUUGUACCCAGAGGUGUGAAAUGGAGUUCCAGAGAAGCCGCACAAAAUCUGGCAGAACAUUCUACUGAACAAGAAUCCUAUAAUGAAGCAUUGUCUUGCUGGAUGGAUAGAGUCAGGGAGGGACAAAUGCCCCGUUUGUAUGUUCGACAAUGGCCAGGACUUUAUGUCCACUCUGAAGAAAACGAAGAGGAAGAAGAUUGAUUUUCCAAUGUCUGUUAUCCUGUCGGUUUUAUGAUAUUGCUUGCCAUUGUUGAGAUUAAUUAAUAAACAAAAUGCUACUUUGAACAAAUAUUUUUCAGCAUAACACUUCAAUCAUCAUAAUUAGAUAUUUAUUUAUUUGUAAAUAACAUAGUACAUUAUAUUUAUGUAACUGUGGUGUUGUUUAGUGAUCAUCCACUCCAAAAACACUGUUAGUUAUGUUUGACGCACCUCAACACACAUUCACAAAAAGCACCAGGACUACUCUUUUGUGAGAUCCCAGUGUGAUGUAUGUAAUGCUAUAAUAUUUUUACAACCAGUGCAAUAUUACUGUGAGGUUUGGCAAUAUUGUUGAAAAUCUUAUUCCCUGUGAAUGUGUCUACAUAGUCUUCGUAAUUCAUUUCGUUUAUUACUGUAUAACCAAAUUUGUCUGUUAUUUUGCGGGUAUAACAGUUUGUUGCUAUUGUAUA